UGUCCCUCGGACACAGCAGAUCACCGAUCAACGGAAAGAGCCGAAGAUGGGACAUGUACACUGAUCAUCAGGGCACUGAUGAUCAAUGUGCCCUGAUGAUCUGUGUAACCCCAGCAGUACCACCUGUCAGUGCUCAUCCAUGCCACAUUUCAGUGCCUACCAGUACAUAUCAAUGCCACCUAUCAGUGCCCAUCUGAGCUGCCAUCAGUGCCACCCAACAGUGCCAGUCAGUGCCACCCAACAGUGCAGCAGUCAGUGCCACCCAACAGUGCCAGUCAGUGCCACCCAACAGUGCCAUAUAUGAGUGCUGCCUUUCAGUGCCAAUCAGUGAUGCCUGUCAAUGCCCAUCAGUG